GAGCGGCGCGCGCGCAGAGUACUCGUAAAACUCUCGAUUUCGAACUUCGAAUCAUGUGGUGCAUUUGAAAAACACUCUUUGGAUCUUGGCGUGUUCUCCGCCAUUUUUCUAUUUCAAAAACAUAUUUCCGGGAGAAGGUUGCGAUCGCGAGUGGCAUCAUGGGCCAAGAGCAAUCGUACAUCGGUCAUGCCAGUGUUGCACCAGUAAACAAAUAUCAAGAAAAAUACGAAGAUCCUAUACAGUACAGAGUUUCUCCUAUCGACUACCGAACGAGCGACUACGAAAUAAAAGAUUAUAAACGCCACAAAGCUAGACGAAGUGCAGACAGCUUUAAAAGUGAUAACUCUUCAACGGAAAGCAGUGGAUAUCGAAGCGGUUCAAGUGGCUACGAAUGCCGCUCGGAGAGGUCUUCUACUAGCGAUUAUUACUGCACAUCUCUCUAUAAAAACGACCAUUAUAAAGCUAUAAAUAAGGAACUUUACAAACCUGUUAAAAUACCGAAAGAAAAGCGUCACAAGGAAUUGUACACCGAGAAAGAGGAAAUAAAGAGCGCUAGGUUAAAAAGCUACCUAAGCGACACAGAGAAAGCUAAUUUACAGUCUGGUCCGACGCCAAAAAAAGCAGGUAUAAGAAAUUACACCCCUAAAAUAAUCUCAGCUGAAGAGCAAAGAAAAAAGUUAGAGAAUUGGAUAUAGGAGUGUAGUGUAUUUAAUAGAA